CCGGCCCGAAACCAAUUUUCUCUGCUCUGAGCAGGUCACUUAUCCUCUUUACGGUUGCUUGUCUCCCGAUCUACAGAGACCCAGGGCUCUAAUAAAAUCUCCUUUCUCUUUGCAUUCGGGAACACCAUCCUCACCAUGACAAAAGUUCCGGUUUCGGAACAACGCCAGAUUUUUCUUGCGUGUCGGGCCAUCUUCAGCGGUAAAAAUGCAGACUUACGCAAGGCCAAGGCUAUCCGGACCCGACUCAAGGAUCACGAGGGCUCCUUGAGAACGUUAAUUCCCAAUUACGGGCUCACUCGUGUUCUGUCCGUGGUCAAGCUUUUCUUGGAGAAGGGCCUCUUCCAAUCACGUGCCAAGGCCGAGAUGCAGUUCCCCGGUCUGUUCGAGCCGUGUCCAGUGCGGCAGACGCAGCAUGCAGUACUGGAAAAAGAAGCCUCUCAAUCGACCAACAAAGUGCUCGAGGGGAUAUCGAGCGCGUAUGAAACAGAGAGGGGCAAGGAAGAAGGGGAGGUCCCUGCAGAAACCCCAGCCAUUGUAUCAGUAGAUGCUGCCCACGCCCCAGCGGAAAAGCAAGAACAGGAAGACGAUUCAGAUCAGACAUUGACUACCGAGAGACCGGUCGCUUCGCUUUUUCCUCUUUAUCUGCCCUACCAUGCUCAGCAUCAAAUCUUGACUACCGUCCAACAAGUUCUGGAGGAGUGUAUAUUCGACUUUAUGAAAAAGUGGCUCCCCGUCGAACUCGAGAGUCGAGGUUGGGACUGUGCGGCAGCCGUUGAAUUGACCAAGGGGACCAGGCUUCUCGCCAAAUGGGCCUCGAGACUUCCGGAAGAUGCCCUUCGUCCAGCGGACCUCAAGCUGGAUUCCAUUCUCUUGACGGUCGUGAAAAUCCGCCAUACCGCCGUACAUCGACUCCCGACGACAGCACCGGGGGUUUGUGAUUUCGUGGCCAUCGCCCAAAAACUGACUGAGAAUCUCCGAGAUCCAAUACGCACUUCACAAUUUGAGGAUCUUCAUCGCGAUCUGCAAGAUAAGAUCAAAAUCCUCGAGUUCAAUAAGGAUGUUCUCGAAGAAAAUCAAGCUCGCGAACUCAGACGCAUAGAAGCAGAGCGUGAACAAUUGAAUCAACGGGAGGAGACGCUCAGAGCUAAAACAAUCGAGGAUGAUGGAGAAAACAAACUAAUGAUGGGCCUUCUGUUACAGGAGACGAUGGAACAAAUAUUCAAGACUGGGGCGGUCGAGUCCGAGACUGGGAGGGUCUGGUAUAGUACGGCUGACGAAGCCGUAUGCCUUUCAGAUCUUGUUCUGGGGUUGCUUCGAGGUGAACUUGCUGAACGAGCUACUGCAUUGGGUUUUUGGAUGAUUGGUAUCUUUUGUUUUGUGCCAGUGUUCGCGUGGGUGUUAAGUGUAAUAGUUUGAUGGACUGAGACGUGGCCGAACAUGGGCCGAGAUUGAAUGAACUGACGGUUGGAGUGCACGGUCGCAUUUGUUUUUCUGAAAGACUAUGCUCUCGGAAGUUUUCAUUAAUGGCCUAUUUUCGCAUGGAACCUGGAUGUAGGUAGGUUUUCGGACAAGAUGCUUUCCAGUCGCCGAAAGUUAUCAUUGGGAAGGGUGUUCACGGUAUGUCAGUAACCAGCGUCGUGUGGGGUCCUAAGAACAUUGUGGAGGAUUACAGCCCUGGAUUAAACCAUGCAGUAACAGAAAAAAAG